UUUUCAUAAACACAAUUGUUUCUGUAGUAACAAACACUAUUAGUUAUUAACUUCAAAUACUAUUUUAUAAUCAGAAUAUCUAAAAUUUUCAAUUGAGAUAGUAAUGUUAUUCAGAUUCUCUCUCUCUUGUUAUCCCUACCAUUCUCCUAUCACACAAUACACAAUUGCAUACACAGGCAAUUGAUUUCCUAACCUCAAAUCAUCUAAAAUCUAAGAAACAGUGACCGUUACCACCGACAGUUACAUAGUAGAAUGCAUAUUUACAAAUAUUUACGAAUGUGUCAGAAAUGUUAAAGAUCGAAAAUAUAUGUUGGCUGAAUACGUUUAGAAAAUUUAUACUGUCCAUCUACGUACUGACAUAAAAGUUGUAAUUUCAUUAAUGAAAAAGAUGUGCUGUUCAUAACAGUAUUUGUGAUAAAUGAUUGUAAUAUGUAUUACUUAUAUUGUUAUGUUUCAAUAAGUUUACCCAAAAUAAUAAAACAAUAUUGUUAUGCAAGUAAAAGUGCAAUUAUUUCGACAAAAUAAGGAAAAUGGAUAAUCCUAUAAAGUUAAUUAUACAUAAAGGAAGCACAAUUUUUCACAGUGUUAUUAUUACAUCUUAUGCACUAAUUAGAUAUGAACAAAAAGUGAAAGAAAAUAGAGAUACAGAUCAUAUGAAUACCGAUACAAAUCAAUGUAACGGACACAAAGUGGUUAAAAUAAAUGUGAUCUGUUUAAAUAAGAAGGGAUAUAGCGCUUAUCUUGUAUCAGCUUAUGUUACAACAUUAUUAAGUUCGCAAACAUAUCAUACAGCUGCAUAUAAAAAAUUGUUAAAAUAUUCACAACACAGGGUCCCAGAUGAGACAAAUUCGAUAAUAGUCUUAAUGAAACUUCGUACACCAAAGAAACAAUUUUUAGAUUAUAAAGGGAAUGAUAAUAUAACACAAAUGGUAUUGGAGAGACGAGAAGUUGAUCAUGCUAUGUCUUGGUUGUCUACUCUAGGUGGAGCAUUUUCUGCUUUAGGAGAUGAAUAUCAACACUGUGCUGAAAUGGCAGGAAAAAUUUCUGUAAAGCAAUUGCAAUUAGCAAUGCGUCUUGGAGAUCCACACUUGGUUGCUCGUUGUAAGUUAUAUGCUGCUCUAAGUUUAAUCCAACAAGGUCAUAUAAAAAUACCAAAAAUAAUUAUAAAAAGUAUUUAUAAAUUUGCAAUUAAUCAAAAUGAUGUUCGCUUGCAAAAUAUGUGUCUUGGUAUAUGGGCUAAACUGAAAUAUUGUUUUAAAAAGAAAAUUAAUCAUAUAGAUUAUUUUAGU